AUGUUUUGUUUCUGCUUCUGUAAUCGCAUGUGGCGCGCGGACGCUUUGAAUGACGCGCGUGAAAUCAGACGCGUUGAACGAGCGGCGCGCGAAGGAUUAUCAUCAUCAUCAUCAUCAUCACUGAUGUCGGAAGGAAAGCACUGAUAUGGCGAUGGGAUCUGAAUCUGAAUCUGAAUCUCCGCACGACUGUCUGCGUGGACGGUGUCUUGGGUUCCUCCGACAGAUGGAGGUUUACUCCAAGUUCCGCUAUUAUUUCCAGCACCCGUGGUCCCGUGUGGUCGUGGCCUACCUCGUCACCUUCUGCAACUUCCUGGUGUUCGCCGAGGACCCGGUGUCGCACAGCCAGACGGAGGCGCACAUGAUCGUGGUGGGAAACUGCUUCUCCUUCGUGGUGAACAAAUACCCCGGCGGAGCCUGGAACGUCCUCAAGGUCCUGAUGUGGGUCAUCGCCGUCAUCACCGGACUCAUCGCCGGGAAGUUUGUGUUUCAUCGACGCCUGUUUGGUCGUGUCCUGCGCCUGAAGAUGUUUCGUGAGGAUCACGGCUCUUGGAUGACCAUGUUUUUCAGCACGAUUCUCUCGCUCUUCAUCUUCUCUCACAUUUAUAACCUCCUUCUGCUCAUGAACGGACAGAUGGGUCCUCACAUGGUGACGGAGUACAUGGGCAUCAGGAACGAGAGCUUGAUGAAGAUCGCCGCUGUCGGGACGUGGAUGGGGGAUUUCGUGACCGCGUGGAUGGUGACAGACAUGAUGCUGCAGGACUCUCAUUACCCGUACUGGGGCCGGACCGCGAGGCACUACUGGAGGCAGGGUCACAACCGGAUCGUGUUGUUCUGGGCGGUUCUGAUCUCUCUGACGUCUGUGGUGCUUCUGGUCAUCAGUACGGACUGGAUCCGCUGGGAUAACCUGAACCGGGGGUUCCUGCCCAGUGACGAGGUGUCCCGAGCCUUCCUCGCCUCCUUCAUCCUGGUGUUCGACCUCCUCAUCGUCAUGCAGGACUGGGAGUUUCCGCACUUCAUGGGCGAUCUGGACAUGAACCUCCCGGGUCUGUCCACCACCCAGCUGAAGUUCAAACUGCCCGUGUGCAAACGCGUCUUUAAAGAGGAGUAUCACAUUCACAUCACCGGUAAAUGGUUUAAUUACGGAAUCAUCUUCCUGGUCCUCAUCCUGGACCUCAACAUGUGGAAGAACCAGAUCUUCUAUAAACCCUAUGAAUACGGUCAAUACGUGGGUCCAGGAGAGAAGAUCUACACCGUGGAGGAUCCGGAGACGCUGUCGGACUUCAACCGGAGCACGCUAACCUGGGAAUGGCGGUCGGCUAACAUAGACCCGCGCACCAACCGCACGUACAUCCAGACGGACAUGUUCCUGCACAGCCGCUACGUGGGAUCCAGUCUGGACGUGAAAUGCCUGGCGUUCAUCCCGAGUCUGGCGGCGUUCGUGCUCUGUGGGUUCUUCAUCUGGCUGUUUGGACGGUUCCAAGGCGGCGAGGCGUUCCCGGAGAACCCGGACAAGAGCUACGAGCGCAUCAAGCGCUCCGAUCUGGGAGUCACGCCGGAGGAAGUCGAGGCGUUUAAGAGGAGCGGGACGCCCAUGUUGCUCUUGGUGGACACUCAUCAUUUCGGGUCAUCGGACAACUCCAUGUCCCCGUGCUCAAGCGAGACCCAGGAGACGCAGCCCAGCGUAGCCCACGAGGACACCGGUGAUGUCAAGAAACUGACCCCGUGACCUCAGCCAAAGGUCAGAUCCACUCUAGGAAUACUUGAUGUUGUUUGGUGUCGGGUUUCUCCAACAAACUUCCAAAGGACGUUGCUGAUUGGCAAGGGCUGCACCCGAAUAGCCGUACGCUAGUCGACGAGAAGAGGCUUAGACAAC